CUCUGCUCCGUCUCUGCAAGACGUGCCUCCAUCUACCUAGCUCCCCACAUCUGCGAGCGCGCCUGCUCGUCUACGUCCUCGCUGGCGCACAUCCGCCGCGAUGGUCUACCAGUUGCCAGUGCUCGGCGGCGAGCGCAUCAAGGGCAAGGCCCUGACAGCCUCGGUCGCCCUCAUCUCCGGCGUUGGCUUCCUGCUCUUCGGCUAUGACCAGGGCGUCAUGUCCGGCCUCUUUGUGGCCGGGCAGUUCUCGGCGACGUUCCCCAAGCUCGCCGAGGUGAACAGCCUGGGCAUGCCGUACGCCGAUGGUGCGCCGUCGCCGUUUGACUCGGCCGUGCAGGGCGCCGUGACUGCCAUCUACGAGAUCGGUGCCCUGAUCGGCUCGCUCAUCGUGCUGUGGAAGGGUGACCUCAUCGGCCGCCGGCUCUCCAUUGCCAUUGGCGCCGUGACAAUGAUUGUGGGCGCAACAAUCAUGACGGCCUCGUACGAGAUCGGCCAGUUCACGGCCGGCCGCAUCAUCACGGGCAUUGGAAACGGCAUGAACACGUCGACCAUUCCCAUGUGGCAGUCGGAGCUGUCCAAGGCGCACAAUCGCGGCCUGCUCGUGCUCAUCGAGGGCGCCCUAAUUGCCGGCGGCAUCAUGAUCUCCUACUGGAUCGACUUUGGCUUCUUCUACCUCGACAACACCAGCGUGCAGUGGCGCUUCCCCAUUGCAUUCCAGGCCUUCUUCGCCAUCGUCCUGCUCAUCGGCAUCCUUUGCCUUCCCGAGUCGCCGCGCUGGCUGGUCAAGAAGGGCAAGCACGAGCAGGCGGCGCGCGUGCUGGCGCAGAUGGACGACACGACCGUCGACGACCCGGCGAUCAUGACGACGGUGCGCCAGCUGCGCGAGUCGAUCGAGGCGAGCGAGACGCUCCUCGGCCAGUUCAGCUACCGCGAGCUCUUCACCAACGGGCCCGAGCAGAACUUCUACCGCACCUCCAUUGCCUUCAUCGCGCAGGCCUUCCAGCAGCUGUCCGGCAUCAACUUGAUUACGUACUACGCCACGACGCUCUUCCUCUCCAUCGUGCCCGACCGCACGACGGCGCGCCUGCUGACGUGCGGCAACGGCACCGAGUACUUCGCGGCGUCGAUCGUGGCGCUCUUCCUCAUCGACACGCUCGGGCGGCGCAAGCUGAUGCUCAGCACGGCGUUCAUGAUGAGCGCAUGCAUGGCCAUCCUCGCCGGCACGGUGAGCCGCGUCAACUCGCAGAAGGCCCUCGGCAUCACGGGCAUCCCGGAGAGCUACGUCGCCGCCGUGUGCCUCUACCUCUUCAACACCAUGUUUGCAUUCGGAUGGCUCGGCAUGACGUGGCUCUACCCGCCGGAGAUCACGCCGAUCCGCAUCCGUGCCCCAGCUUCCGCUAUCGCGACGUCGUCGAACUGGCUGUGAGUGUGCUUGAGCGAAAAAGUGCCAUGCGGCUGCUGACUUGUG